AUGGCGCCGCCUCGCCGACGCCACCUCUUCCUCAUCCUCGUCGCGGCCGCUGCUGCCUUCCUCUGCACGACGGUUCCCGCGGCGGCGCAGGGGUACUGCCGGGACUCGCUGGCCGGGCUGAAGGAGUGCGAGAGCUUCAUGUACGGCGGCGCGGCGGCGCCCUCUGCCGCGUGCUGCGCGGCGUACGAGGCCGCCUUCGACGCCGACCCCUUCUGCCUCUGCUACGUCGCGGACGGCACGUACGGGCGCGCCACCGGGUACGACGUCGACGUCGCCGACGGGCUCCAGAUCCCCGCCCGCUGCGGCCAGGCCCAGCCGCCCAUCGAGCUCUGCAACAUGGAAGGGCUGGUGCUCCCUCCCUACGCGCCGCAGGACACCCCGCCGGCUCAGCCUCCGGCGGCUGCAGACGCUUCGAAUGCGCAGCCGCCUUCAGCUUCAGGGUCGUCGUCGUUGCCCGUAGCGCCACCGACGUUCACCUCUCCACCGCCACCAUCCUCCGGAGCGCCAGAUCUGCUGCCAGAGCUUGUCAUACUUGUAGCCGCCGCCAUCAUCCUCCUGAAUUGCAUCUAG